GUGGUGAUGGGUCAAGAAGACGACUCCUCCAGCUCCAGGAGCUCCUCGGACUCCUCCUCCAAGACGGUGGGCCUCCUGAGCGGGCAGGCGUCCCUCUCGCCCCUGAGCCGCUGGAUGCAGCACAGUAAAAGCCGAGCGGCGAACACCACCUCGCUGGAGCUGCCCUACCGCUCUCCGGUCCCGUUCGCCAAGCAGGAGUUUUCCAAACAGGAGUUCUGGGAGAUGCUAGGCAGCGACCUGCUUAAGCCGGACACCUCCAGCUCCCGGGUCAAACGCCGGCCGAUCGUCAAGACCGGCAAGUUCAAGAAGAUGUUCGGCUGGGGAGACUUCUACUCCAACAUCAAAACGGUGCGGCUCAACCUGCUGAUCACCGGGAAGAUCGUGGAUCACGGGAACGGCACCUUCAGCGUCUACUUUCGACACAACUCCACGGGCCAGGGCAACAUCUCGGUCAGCCUGGUCCCGCCCGUCAAGGCGGUGGAGUUCGACCUGGAGCGCCAGAGCGUGGUCUACCCCAAGGACUCCAAGAUCUUCAACUGCCGCGUGGACUACGAGAAGGUGGAUCGGAGCAAGCGCACCUCGUUGUGCAACUACGAUCCAUCCAAGACCUGCUUUCAGGAGCAGAUCCAGAGCCACGUGUCCUGGAUUUGCUCCAAACCGUUCAAAGUCAUCUGCAUCUACAUUUCCUUCUACAGUACGGACUACCGCCUGGUGCAGAAAGUUUGCCCGGACUACAAUUACCAUAACGAGAUGCCGUAUCUGCCCUCGGGUUAGAACAUACACUGUGGGGGGGAGGAGAGAGGAAAAGAGAUAUGUGUGGGAGCGACUGAACAUCUGGAGAAGAACCUAUGGCUGUAAAUGUCGCAGUGAGACAGCUUGACACAAAACAUUUAUGUAGCCUGAUGUAAAAACAUAUAUGCAAAACCCAAACCACAGUAUGCAGAUGAGGAGGCAUUAGAAACACUCAGCUGCAACAUUUGGGACCGGUAACCCACCAAACACACACCUUCUUACCUCAGUCCUGCUCACACCUGGUCAACAAACCCCCCCAUCCAUUAAACCACCUGUGAAUUCUAUCAGAACGUCUUUUUAAUUAUCUCCAGUCUGAGCUUUUACCAAGUCACGGGGCUGAACUGAAGGUGGGCUGUUAAAUAUUCUGAUUAUUCACGAGAGGGUCGCAGCCGGAUUCAGGCUUUAUUCUAAUUAUCCUGUGAUGUUGAACAUCUCAGGAUAAUUUAAAGAGAACAUAGGRGAGCUGAAGUUUUAAUCUCCUCUCAGACGCGGCAUUAUUUAAGGAAKAAUCAGACCUUUCAAAGGGCUCAUUUUUGUAAACUCCAUUCUGAACAUCAAAAAUCCUUCCUGUUUUUCAUUUAUUCAUAACUUCACAUCGAUGAAAAUGUCUAGCUGACAAAUUAAAGUUUUUUCUUCUGUUCCAGAUGAAAUUGGUAAAUGGUAAAGGGUUUGAGUUUAUAUAGCAGUCCCUARGGACUCCAAAGCACUUCACUUCAAUCACUCAUCAUUCACACACUGAUGGUGGUAAGCUACGAUGUAGCCACAGCUGCCCUGAGGCACACUGACAGAGACCAGACCCUCUAACCACCACCUGCAGGCAAGGCAGCACUGCUAAAACUGUCCAUCUUACCAUCCAUCCAUCCAUC